UAACGCUGAAGCUAUCUAUUUAAGAAAUUAAGAUGUGAUGUGAUGUGAUACCAAACCUUCCAGUGGAAGCAAUUGGAUUGGAGGCAUGGGAGGAGGACGACGGGGUUCCGAUCAUCUCCCUCCAGGUACCUCCCCUCUAAAUCCCCUUACUCUCUCUUCUGCAGAGUCGGCCGAUGAGGCGGACGCCUCCUCCUCCUUCUCCGAUCUCUCCCCGUCCGUCUCCUACUCCGAGGCCAACCCCGGCGACCACUCAAGCCUCGCCACCGACCUAGAGCCCGCCGACGAUGAGUCCCAGCAGCGGCGAUACAAGACAUAUUUGGAGGUCUUGGAGUCUUAUGUGACCCCGCCCAGAAUGCCACCCCAUGCCCUCCAAGCGGCCAAAAAUAUCAUCGCAAGGCAUCGGCCUGGUGAUUGGAUCGAGGAGGUCGGCGGUACCAAGGCGAGCGAUUACGAUAUCCCAGAGACCACGACGCUGCUUCUGGUCGGGCCGAGAGGGUCUGGCAAGAGUACCCUCGUCAACAGGAUCACCAGGGUCUUCCAAGAUGACCCGUUUGCGCCCGACAGAGGACAGGUUUCCCAUAAUGUGUCGGUUACAGAAGGGUCCUGCUUCUUGCAAGAGUACAUGAUUCCGAGGAAUUCGAAGUCGCUUUGUGUCUAUGAUACACGUAGUUUGUCGACAUUGUCAUCUGAUAACUUCAAAUUGCUCCAACAUUGGAUGAUGCAGGGGGUCAGUCAUCGACAAAUGGUGAUCAGGGACUCAGAUGAUGUGGUUACAAGGAAGAGAAUAAAAGGCACAGCACAACAAGGACAGUUUUGCCCUUGCCAGAAGAGGAUGGUGAACUUUGUCAUAUUUGUUGUUGAUGGAAUAUCUGUUCUGAAAUCAAUGGAUGACAAGGAUACACAGUACAAUGACAUGCUUGCUGAAACUUUCAACUAUCCGUUCUUGUCAUUCCAUGAUAACAAGCCAGUUGUUGUGGUCACUCAUGGUGAUGAACUCUCAGUCUCUGACCGUGCUCAUAUCCGUACCUAUUUGGGUGAAUUAUUAGGAAUUCCUCCACUUACACAAAUUUUUGACAUCCCAGGUAGAAAUGAGUAUGAUACUGAGUUGGCCAUAGUGGACAUGUUGCGUUAUUCUAUUGAACAUUCUGACAGGAACCUUCCUUUUAAACAUAAUUUCCUCUUAGAGUUACCAGUCAUGCAGCUGCAUAAGAUUUUGGCCAUCCACGUUUGUUCAUUUCAUAACUUAACAUUAUUCAGCAUUAGAAGUUUAAUGUUGGGCAGAGGAUCCUUCUAAGGAUGACAAACAAAUUACAGGGUUUUGGUGAAAUACUGGAACUUGUCAUGAUUUUCUUUUGGAUCCAAGUACUAAUGUUGUGGGGAAUCAAGUAUCUUAUGAAAUGGUAGAUAUGUUGCUAAACUUUUGGUACUCUCUUGGUACUCUCUUGGUGGUGUACUCUCUUGGUGGUUGGUGGUGUGUAUAAAAUUCUGUACCAAAAUGCGCAAUGCGCAUAGGUUUACUUUAGUUUUGUUUUAAUACCUUUUGAGAUUUAAAUCAUAUUUUCUUGAAAAUGGACAGGAUAGUUUUAAGUACUGAAGCUUUUAAGCAUACUAUCAUGCAAGUCAUUGGUGGGAACGAUGUCAAGUUCUCUGCUGUUGUUCUGGAAUAUCCAUAAUAAAGUCCUAUCUUAAAAGAUCA